GUGCGGAGUUGCACAACAACACGGAGGAUCACUGUAACUGUAACUCGUGGAAACUGUUCAAAGAUUUCAAAUAAGCAGGACGUUUGUGACUCCUCUUCAGCAGUGGGCGGGUGUGAUGCCACCAUGGAAGCACAGAACAACAACCAACCCAACUUAGACAACCACAACAAUCUGUACAAGAUAACUGGUCAGGAGGAUCAGAAAAACAUGCCCAGCUGUAAGUACUGCUGCACUCUGGCAAACUUUCGCAUUGAGAAGAAGAUUGGUCGGGGCCAGUUCAGUGAGGUCUAUAAAGCCACCUACCUGCUGGAGGGACAGCUGGUUGCACUCAAGAAAGUCCAGAUCUUUGAAAUGAUGGAUGCCAAGGCCCGUCAGGACUGCAUCAAAGAGAUCGACCUGCUGAAGCAGCUGAAUCACCCCAAUGUGAUCAAAUACCUCGACUCCUUCAUCGAAGACAAUGAGCUCAACAUUGUUCUGGAGCUGGCAGACGCUGGAGAUCUGUCCCAGAUGAUAAAGUACUUCAAGAAGAAGCAGCGGCUCAUCCCAGAGAGGACUAUAUGGAAGUAUUUUGUGCAGCUGUGCAGUGCUGUGGAGCACAUGCAUUCACGCAGAGUGAUGCACCGAGAUAUUAAACCAGCCAACGUGUUCAUAACAGCCACAGGGGAGGUGAAGCUGGGUGACCUGGGGUUAGGCCGCUUCUUCAGCUCUAAAACCACUGCAGCUCAUUCCUUAGUGGGGACUCCUUACUACAUGUCACCGGAGAGGAUCCAUGAGAACGGAUACAAUUUUAAAUCAGACAUCUGGUCCCUGGGAUGUCUCCUGUACGAGAUGGCGGCUCUGCAGAGUCCAUUUUAUGGGGACAAGAUGAACCUCCUCUCUCUCUGCCAGAAGAUCGAGCGGUGUGACUACCCUCCCCUCCCCCCCGACCACUACUCUGAGAAGCUGCGGAACCUGGUGAGCAUGUGCAUCAACCCGGACCCAGACCAGCGGCCGGACAUUGUCUUCGUGCUGCAGAUCGCCAAACAGAUCCACAUGUGGACUUCCAGCACCUGAGCGCCACUCGUGCUCCAAGCAGGCCUCUUCUCUGCUCAGUGUGAGGACCUGAAACCAGCGGACGUAAAGCUCUGCCCGGUCUGGCGGAACAGUGUUUGUUACCCUCGUCUCGACAGGAGGAAACGGUGAAAAGACUCGCACCAGUGGACGGUCUACUGUCAUGGAGGACGUGAAGAGAUGCGUUAGUGGUGUAGCACUGGAGGGAAGUUUAUGACACCGCUCUUGUUGGUUUAAAGGGGUGACUGCACUGAUGGCCUGUUCUUCAGCUGAGGACAGAGAGCUGCAUCUCACCUCCACCACACAGGCUUUUCCUCCAUCACUCCACUGGGGUUGCAUUCCAUGUUCACACUCUGUGUUUCAGGUGAAGUACGCAGUGGAGCUGGGAGAUUUGAAUAUUACUCAUCUAUCAUUUAUCAUUGUAAUCAUAUCAUACGUUGUUUUAUAAUUUAGGGGUCUAAAGGGACAAUUAGUAAAUACUUAUUAGCAAAUAGUCACAUCCCUCUGAGAGAGACUGCUCUGUCUAUAUGUUUACAUCAGUCUGGUGUGAUGGAGGUGAGUCAGCUUCACAUGUGAUACUGUACAUUUAUGUCAGUGUGUCGGUGGUGGGUGAACUUUUCUAGGCCCAGUAUCUAAAGAGCAUCUUUUCAUUUUCUCAUUAUACAGCUCAGCGCCUGUUUGCUCUGCUUGACGGCGUGAUCUCCAGCUUUUUCUCCAGCUUUUAGCAUUUUCCACAGCUUACAACCACCCCAUACAUAAAUGUAAUAUAUGCAUUUCCAUAUAUGAAAUAUAUGCACAUAUUUAAUAAAAACAUGUAUGUAAAAGCUAUA